AAGCUAGGAUAUGUUGAGUUCAAUCUUCAGGCGGAGGAAUAAAAAUACUGACUUUGAAUCAACACUCAAUGGUCUCUCUAGCGACGUGAUUGAACAUCAAGCCAAGCUGGCCGAUAUAAGAGUGCGAGAGCGUAGAGCUAGCUUAUGGAUUACCACCACCUUGAUAGUUAUAUGGGCACUAUACCUCGGUUUCUGGUAUCUUGGUUUAGUCGAUUGGUUCAUAUCCGUCGAUGAGAAUGGCGUUGGCAGUGGAUUAUAUAAGUUAUUAGCCUGGUCUGGAGUGGUAGUCGGUCCAUUCAUGACACUGUUUGCCAGACGCAUCGCAAAGAGUUGGUACACACGCAUAGGUUCACAAGAAGAAACGCGUCUGAGGGAUUUGCAUACCUCACUUGUCAAGACACUCGAAGAAGUAAAAGUGAAGGCGCCAUAUAAUGAGGCCAGAAGUCUUUUAGAGAGGUAUGGAACAACUGUGGGCAUUACCAUCCACGAUGUCACACCUUCGACGCCGACGAGCACGCCUAUGAAAGCAAAACACUUAUCAACUCCCCUUCCAUCAAACACACCAAGCAAGGCAUCAAAAGAACUACCACAAACACCCUCCCCUGGCACCCCAUCACCAGCUAAUAUGCAACAGAUGCAAAUAAACAAAUUGCAACCGCAGAUACCACAAUCAGAUGGCACUCUACCAACUACACCAGGAAAAGCAUCACAGCAGAUUAUACCGCAACAAAUUGCAUCACCUGUUAGAGAAAGGAAAUGGUAUGACAGACUUGCAGAUGUGAUCCUCGGCGACGAUCCUAGUUCUACUAGUGGUGAUAUAAGUCAGAGGUAUGCGUUGAUAUGCGAGAAAUGCGCAAAGCACAAUGGUUUAGUUCCUAGGGAGCAAUAUAUCGAUCUACAAUGGGAAUGUAGAUUCUGUCAGCAAAUGAACCUUUCUCCGCGGAGAAAAGCACUAGCUAGGCAAAUUCAAGGAAAUAAUGGCAACAGUAAUAAACUCAAACCUAGCCCAUUAAGCCAAGCAAGCGUACAGCCAUCUGAAGAACCAAAGAAUGUAACGUCAAAGGAAGAAUCUGAAGAUAAGAAUGAAAAGGGAGAUGCCAAACCACUUCCAUUGCCAUCAAAGGGCUGAAUUUGCUAUAAUAAAAUAAAUAUAUUGUCCACAAAGUUGUCAUUGUCCUUUAAUUGUAAUAAAUAUCGUUAUAAAAGUAAAACUCCAGCUGAUGUUAUACCCGAGAGAAUCACGAAACCGCCAGCGAUGUUCAUAGAUGUAGCUGUAGAUGCUGCUAUAUAAUUAUCGUCUGGUCCUGCGUUCUUGCUUCCUGAACCUGGGGAAGGAGCUGGGCGUUCUGUAACCUGUCAAUACGUUUCUAUGACAGCGACUAACCUACCAGCUGCAGAGGAUGCUUCUUCAGAUACUGACUGUGUCGGUUUGGAAGAUUCAGUGCUGCUGCUUGAGCUGCUGUUGCUGUUUGUUUCUGACGAAGAAUUGGCGGACGUGCUGGAAGGUUCAUCGCUGGUAUUGUUAUUAUCGUCGUCAUUAUCCUGUGCAGAAACUAGCACUAGCAAAGCAAAAAGAAGUGCGAAAAGCAGCGUGAAACGCAUUUGAG